AUGGAUUCUCACAGUCUGGCACAGAUAAGCCCUUGGCAGGCGUGCCUGCCCUACGGAGAGGCUGUGGGUCAAGCAGCUGGGUGUCCCUCUGGGUUUCAGGCUGGCUUGCGCACGCUGCAUGACAUCGGGCCUGAGAUCCGACGGGCCAUUUCUGGAGAUCUGACGGCUGAGGAGGAGUUGGACAAGGCCAUGAAGGAGGCUGUGUCUGCUGCCUCUGAAGAUGACAUCUUCCGGAGGGCCAGUGGCCUGUUCGGCAACCACGUCAGCUACUACCAAAGUGACGGCCGGAGCGCCUUCCCCCAGACCUUCACCACCCAGCGCCCACUGCACAUCAACAAGGUGGCUAACAGCCAAGGCGACACCGGGUUGCCAUCCCACGAGAAACUGGUGGACUCCACUUUCACCCCCAGCAGCUACUCAUCCACUGGCUCCAACGCCAACAUCAACAAUGCCAACAACACUGCCCUGGGCCGCUUCCCCCGCCCCGCUGGCUACUCCAGCGCAGUCAGCACCGUGGAGGGCCACGGGCCCCCCUUGUCUCCUGCCGUCCGGGUACAGGAGGCCGCAUGGAAGCUCAGCUCCAAGAGGUGUCACUCCCGGGAGAGCCAGAUCGCCAUGGUGUGUCAGGAGGAGGUCUCUCAGGACGAGACCUAUGAGGUGAAGCUGAGCGAGGACACAGAGUACUACAGCGAGCCCAGCCUGAUCUCUACAGAGCUGCUCUCCUAUCAGGAUGAUGAAAACCGGCAAUUAACACCGCCUGAGGAGGACAAGAGAGACAUCCGGCAAUCUCCAAAGAGGGGUUUCCUCCGCUCUGCCUCACUAGGUCGAAGGGCCUCCUUCCACCUGGAAUGUCUGAAGCGACAGAAGAAUCAAGGCGGAGACAUCUCUCAGAAGACAGUCCUGCCCUUGCAUCUGGUUCAUCAUCAGGCAUUGGCAGUGGCGGGCCUGAGCCCCCUCCUCCAGAGAAGCCAUUCCCCGAGCACGUUCCCCAGGCCGUGCGCCACGCCCCCAGCCACACCGGGCAGUCAAGGCUGGCCCCCGCAGCCCAUCCCCACCCUGCGACUGGAGGGGGCCGAGUCCAGCGAGAAACUCAACAGCAGCUUCCCGACCAUCCACUGCAGCUCCUGGUCCGGGGAGCCCGCGCCCUGCGGUGGGGGCAGCAGCGCCCUGCGGAGAGCCCGGCCGGUGUCCCUCACUGUGCCCAGCCAGGCUGGGGCCCGGGGCCGGCCGUUCUACGGCAGUGCCAGCAGCCUGGUGGGAGCGGUCUUGAUUUCAGAAGGACUGGGGCAGUUUGCUCAAGAUCCCAAGUUUAUCGAGGUCACAACCCAGGAGCUGGCUGACGCAUGUGACAUGACCAUAGAGAAGAUGGAGAACGCCGCUGACAACAUCCUCAGUGGGGGCGCCCAGCAGAGCCCCAACGGCACCCUACUACCUUUUGUUAACUGCAGGGACCCAGGGCAGGACAGAGCUGGGGGCCAAGAGGGCGAGAGUUGCACUGGGGCUCGGGCGUGUCGGAAGAGCGAGGAGGAGCGCCAGGACAGCAGAGCCCACGCCGGCAGCCUGUAGUUGCUUGGGCUGGGGAGACGCUGGGUUUUUUAUUUGUUUCAAUGUUCCUAAUGGGUUCGUUUCAGAAGUGCCUCACUGUUCUCGUGACCUGGAGUUAACCGGAACAGCGUCUUCAUUCAUUUCGUUGGGACAAGACGCAGAGUUGGGUGGUGUGCAGAGUCUGUUUUCCGAGGGGAAAGAAGGCAGCAACCCCAGGUAGUGCUGUGUCCACAGAGGUAGAGUGGUGAGGAGGAGUGGAAGGAUCAGGGAGGGAGAGAAAGAGAAGAGACGCCUGCCCUCCCCUCCGGGCAUGAAGGAGAACCUCAGCUUCCUGCGGUAGCCCUCACCAAAAGGACCCUAUGUCAAACGAGUGUCUUUCAACUUUGCUUGUAAAAAAAAAAAAAAAAAAAUCAUUUUGCACAUAUUCUGUAUGAGCCUCACUGUCUCCAUAGAGCCAGGGCCCUGUGGAUUUGCAGAAGGAAGAAGGGUGUGACUUCAGCGAGGACCCAGCAGCGUCCAGUAAAGUGAAGAGUGAAGAAAGAGGCGGCGGCAGGAGUUCAGGAACCCCAAUGGGAGAAGAGUGCAACCGGUGGUGGCAGCCUCAAGGCCAAGGCUCCGCGGCCACCGCCUUCCCCCACCCCCCCCACCCCCGCCACGCGUCUGCGUCAGUAUCCCGUCAGUAUCCCCUGCACAGGCCCACGGAGCUCCAGACCAGCGGCUAGGCCUACUUCGGGACGAGGGGGCGCUGGCACCGCCUGCCAGGGAAGGAGCAGCCCGCCCUUGAUGAGAUGAGGUGGUGCUGAGCUUCUGUUGAGUGCUCUUUUGUUUUGCGGUUUGACGUUUUUCUUUUUCUUUUUUUUUUUUUUAAGAUUUUUUAAUUUAUUUAUUUGACAGAUCACAAGUAGGCAGAGAGGCAGGCAAAGAGAGAGAGAGGAGGAAGCAGGCUCUCCGCGGAGCAGAGAGCCUGAUGUGGGGCUCGAUCCCAGGACCCUGGGAUCAUGACCUGAGCCGAAGGCAGAGGCUUUAACCCACUGAGCCACCCAGGUGCCCCUGACGUUUUUCUUGAUAGCGUGUUGCAGUUUUGUUUUUGUGUUUUUUGGGGGGGGGGUUGUUUGUUUUGGUUUCAUUUUAAUUUUGUUUUCCCAGGGGAAGGGGAGGAAGAAGUGUUUACAAAGCUUUGUAGCCACCCACCUUAUUGUUUUCACCUUUGCAACUGUAAAUCGGGUUUGGUUUUACUGAUUAUUUAAACGGUUGUGGUUUUCUUUUCCUACGGUAGGUUCAGUGGAGGCGCCGUAGCCAUUGUGUAUGCGCAAUAAUGUGUUAUAAUUUCCGUAGGUAGUAACAAAAAUUUUUUUGGUUUGGUUUUAUAAUUUAAAGGUAAUGCACUUGAUAUGGUCUUGCACAUAUGGGUGAUUGAGUUGGGUUCUUUUUAAUGCGGGGUGUAUUUCUGGGUGCCAGAGAGAGGAAGCUUGGAUGAGAGAGUCUGAGUGUGUGUGUUUGUGUGUGUGUGGUGGGUUGUCUGGGCACCUGUCAUCUGUGGGUAUGUACACCUACACAGUACGCCCAUGCGUGAAUGAGUGUGUACCUCCCCCUUUCUGGUCUAACUGUGGGGAGAUCUGAAUCUGGGGCCAUUUGAAAGCAAAAACAAACCACUGUCUCUGCUUCUGAAAUGGGAAUCAGUAACUCUUUGCAUUUUCUGUCCCACAAGAUAUGCAAAAACAGUGCAAUAAUAUUCAUUUUAAGAAUACAAUUGUGCAUUGUGUUGGCAUUAAAACUGUAUUAAAAAAAAACACACACAGAGAAAUUUAAGGGAAAAACUCAAGAAGGCGUUUUGCUUCGAUAUAUUCCGUGCAAUGUUUUAUUGCAUUGAUAAUGUUUCUGUUGAAGAAACUUUUAUACUUGAAUUCAGGUCAGUUUCAGUAUUUUACAAAUAUAUUUUUUUAAACUGAAUUGCAAUUGUGCCAAGCGAAUAUAAUGAAUUGAAUUAAGUUUGUUUUUGAAUUCACUUCUUGUAUAUUUUGCUGCAUGUAAGUAAAUCAUUUUGUAUUUGGAGUGUAUUUGGACAAGCUUUACCCUUGAACUCUGAAGUGCUUUUCUAUAUGUGGUUGGGGGAAAGGGAACGGAUAUUCUUUUAAUUUGUACAAUGAGCAAAAGCAUCACCAGUGUAAAUCAUUAUUCUGCGAUCCACAAA